AUGGUGACUAGAUACUCAAAUAGUACUGAAUUUUUUUCUUUUCUUUUUUGUCACUUUUUCUUUUUUGUCUUGUCUUUUCUAUUUUUUGUCUUGUCUUUUCUAUUUUUUGUCUUGUCUUUUCUAUUUUUUGUCUUGUCUUUUCUAUUUUUUGUCUUGUCUUUUCUAUUUUUUGUCUUGUCUUUUCUAUUUUUUUGUCUUGUCUUUUCUAUUUUUUUGUCUUGUCUUUUCUAUUUUUUUGUCUUGUCUUUUCUAUUUUUUUGUCUUGUCUUUUCUAUUUUUUUUUUUCUAUUUUUUGUUUUUCUAUUUCUUUCUUUUCUAUUUUUUUUUUUUCUUGUCUUUUCUAUUUUUUUUGUCUUGUCUUUUUCUUUUUUUUUUCUUGUCUUUUCUAUUUUUUUUGUCUUGUCUUUUCUAUUUUUUUCUUGUCUUGUCUUUUUUUUGUUUUUUUGUCUUGUCUUUUCUAUUUUUUUGUCUUUUCUAUUUUUUUGUCUUUUCUAUUUUUUUGUCUUUUCUAUUUUUUUGUCUUUUCUAUUUUUUUGUCUUUUCUAUUUUUUUGUCUUUUCUAUUUUUUUGUCUUUUCUAUUUUUUUCUUGUCUUUUCUUUUUGUCUUUCUGCAAAUGCCAUUUAAUUGGAACAAGAGAUGGGCACACAGCUUGUAAUUUGGACACUGGUCAUCCUUGUUACUGCAAUUCAGGGUACGGUGGGUUGUUUUGUGAUCGAUGCCAACCAAAACAUUACAGUCUGGAAGGCAAAUGCCUACCUUGUCCCUGCACAUCAGAAAUCGGAAGUUUUAACUGCAGACUUGUUAAUAACAAACCCGUAUGCAAUUGCCUAAAUGGUUAUGCUGGAGAGAGAUGUAACAGAUGUUCCAAUGGAUAUUUCAAGUAUUACCGAACAUGUGCCAAAUGUAUUUGCCACAACAACGUCGAUCCACUGUCCCCAGAUAUCUGUGAUCCGGAUAUAGGAGCUUGCAGGCAUUGCCUUUACAAUACAACUGGUUUUUCCUGUGAAGAUUGCUUACCUGGCUUUGUUGGGGAUCCAAUCCUGCACAAAAAUUGCACUAAACCUAAUUCUUCUUCAGCACCUAAAAUUCCUGCGAGCCAUUCUAAAGCCUCCUUGCCACUCAGCUUAAAAGUCGGUCUGCCUCUGGUAAUCCUCUUUAUCUGCAUUAUCAUUGGUAUUCUAAUUCUCCAGCGUCACCGAUUCUAUCACAAAUUACAGCCUUUCUGGACCAUUGAACUGAAAGACGACCAUGACAGUGUGACCCUAAGUGCAAAUGAUGGACAAGAAUUUGGUGGUGCCUCUUUGAGCAGCCGUGCUGCUUCCAAUCAUGAUGAUAUGGACUUCUAUGCCAAACACAUCAGCCACCAGGGAGGAAUGCAAUAUUCACCUCUGAGAGAAACUAUGUAA